CGUCAUAAACUGUUUGGGGCUGAUAAGGACUGGUGAGUACACAGAAUACAUAAAAGCCGGUUAAUCGAGGUCAAACUGUAGGCACGUACGGGUGGGGUUCCACUUACCCAUAAAACCCGGGGUAUAUGUGAGAUCAGGUGUGUUCACGAUCAGUGUCGCGCCUAGCGGAUAUAGAUAGCAACGUGUCGGGCUUUACCUGCCUCAGUACAUUCGUAUAUCCGAGGGAACUAUCAGGAGGUGUAUUUCGCCAUUGUGAGGUACCAAGAUGGGGACUUCCCGACAUAUAUUUUAUGCGCUCUUGAUGAUAUCCGCACAUAUCCACUCAUCAUAUGCUUCAUCCAGUACAUCAGUCUCGGUAAGCGGGUCUACAACAGACAGUGCAACUGACAGUACGACUGGCGGGUCUACAACAGACAAUGCUACUGGCAGUACGACUGGCGGGUCUACAACAGACAGUGCAACUGGCGGGUCUACAACAGACAGUGCAACUAGCAGUACGACUGGCGGGUCUACAACAGACAGUGCAACUGGCAGUACGGCAGGCGGGUCUACAACAGACAGUGCAACUGACAGUACGACUGGCGGGUCUACAACAGACAGUGCAACUGGCAGUACGGCAGGCGGGUCUACAACAGACAGUGCAACUGGCAGUACGGCAGGCGGGUCUACAACAGACAGUGCAACUGACAGUACGACUGGCGGGUCUACAACAGACAAUGCUACUGGCAGUACGACUGGCGGGUCUACAACAGACAGUGCAACUGGCGGGUCUACAACAGACAGUGCAACUGGCGGGUCUACAACAGACAGUGCAACUAGCAGUACGACUGGCGGGUCUACAACAGACAGUGCAACUGGCAGUACGGCAGGCGGGUCUACACCAGACAGUGCAACUGGCAUUUCGGCAGGCGGGUCUACACCAGACAGUGCAACUGGCAGUACGGCAGGCGGGUCUACAACAGACAGUGCAACUGGCAGUACGGCAGGCGGGUCUACAACAGACAGUGCAACUGGCAGUACGGCAGGCGGGUCUACAACAGACAGUGCAACUGGCAGUACGGCAGGCGGGUCUACAACAGACAGUGCAACUGGCAGUACGGCAGGCGGGUCUACAACAGACAGUGCAACUGGCAGUACGGCAGGCGGGUCUACAACAGACAGUGCAACUGGCAGUACGGCAGGCGGGUCUACACCAGAAAGUGCAACUGGCAGUACGGCAGGCGGGUCUACAACAGACAGUGCAACUGGCAGUACGGCAGGCGGGUCUACAACAGACAGUGCAACUGGCAGUACGGCAGGCGGGUCUACACCAGACAGUGCAACUGGCAGUACGGCAGGCGGGUCUACAACAGACAGUGCAACUGGCAGUACGGCAGGCGGGUCUACAACAGACAGUGCAACUGGCAGUACGGCAGGCGGGUCUACACCAGACAGUGCAACUGGCAGUACGGCAGGCGGGUCUACAACAGACAGUGCAACUGGCAGUACGGCAGGCGGGUCUACAACAGACAGUGCAACUGGCAGUACGGCAGGCGGGUCUACACCAGACAGUGCAACUGGCAGUACGGCAGGCGGGUCUACACCAGACAGUGCAACUGGCAGUACGGCAGGCGGGUCUACAACAGACAACAACACGACAGUUCCAACAACACUGGCUCCUGUUGCUUCAACAUCUUUUCCCGUCAAAACACCUUCUCUGGAUGGUGCGUUGUACGCGUUUCACUUCACAGUUAUUAUAGAUGGAGAUGAGAGCACAGCACAAGAGAGUAUAUUCACCAUCCUUGCCGUGUUCAGAACGUACUUUAAGGAAGUGAAAGGUUUCUACGAAUUGAGGCUUGAUACUACAACCAUAAAGACCGUUAGGCGGAAGCGAGACACAGGACCUAAAACAAGGAAGAACUUAAACGCCACCUUCACUGCUAGGGAUGUUUAUACACCUGACGCAGACAAAGCAAAUCUGUGGGUCGACGAUGUGAAGAAUGCCAUUGAGAAUGCCACAAUUACUCAAAAUGCCAACGCCACGUUCUCCCCCGAUGAAAGUUACAAGGAAGAUCUCGUGCAGUUUGCGGAGGAUGUGGGGAAUCUUUGCGGAGCAGUUGGACAGGAUAUCUGUGCUUUCAAUCAGAUAUGUAAUAAAACCAAGCAAUUGUGUUACCAUCGCUGUGAAUUUCUCAAGUGUGGGGAUCAUGGGGAAUGUCAAGUUGUUGGUAUAGAUGAGAGUUCCAUUCAAGCAAAAUGCCAGUGCUCCAGUGACGGCUUGUACGACUACAGUGGUGACGACUGUCUGACCAAAGUCAUGAACUGGGUGUACAUACUGGUCAUUACGUGCAGCGUCGGCGGAGGCAUCAUCCUCAUCCUCGCUGUCGCCGUCAUCUGUUGCUGUAUCAGAAAAAGAAGGGCGCCAAAGACUGAGCGGUCAUUACUUGACGGCUACUCCGAAGGGGGACACGAUAUUUCACUGCAAGAUUUCAGUCAACGCAGAUCCCUGGUGAACCCCCGCUUCAAGUCAGAGUAUUCCAACAUGGCGCACAGCAACGAGGGUUACCAACCUGAUAGCUACGACCCGUACUUCUACCAGUCAGACAACAGGUCAUGGCUGCAUUCGCCUGAGGCCAACGCCGCCAUGGAGAAGCAGUACAGAGCCGAGAAGACCUUCAAGUCGGGUUUCAGUAACAUCGACACCGACAGGAGUUAUACAAUAAAGAGGCCACAGGUGUCUCCGAAGGCUGUUGGAGACGAUCAACUGUAGGACAUAUCAGGAGCACUGAUUUCCCAGAAAGUGGUUCCGAAUACGUCCAUGGCCUGGCAAUCCCGCUGUGGAAGAACUCCUGGAAGUGCUUCACCAAGGUCCAGACAGUGCUUGAAGUCACGAAUAUCAUAUGGCCAAUGACAACCACGGCUCUAGUCUCAUCAAAGAGCCAGUAUCAUAUUUUCAAGUAUUAACAGUAUCAUCAGACGAGUAUGUUUUGCAUGUGAUCAUCAUGCUGUAUGCACCAACAUUUCAUCAAACUCAUCAAAGAGAAUACGAAUGCCACGAAUGUGUAGCUUAACGUUUCCAUAACUCAUUUCGCAUUACUGAACGGUAUUAUACAAGGUUACACAAUUCAACCACGUUUAUAACAGCAUUGCCGGAGGGAAGGUGUUCUUUGUUUGUUAUAUUUCCUGAAAAAAACAGUGACAUAUAGACGUUUUGUCUUGUCUCAAUAUAAUUAAUUACCUAAUAUCACAUUUCGAAAUAUAUUAACUGUUCUCAGAACGGAUAUAUAAUUACUGUUAUUCCGUUCAUAUUUACCGUUAAAGCUACGUUCAUUGAAUGCUCAACCGUUCAUUCCAGUAUUAUCAAAUAUAGUAGUUAUGAAAUUAUAUUCAUAUAGUGAAUGAGCUGUUGUUUCGUAUAUUCAUACCAUACAUAUUUAAACCAAUAUCCACAUCGCUUCAACGUAACUGAUGGACCAAGCUGUCUGAAUUGUAUGUUGUGUUUGAUAUACGAGGUGCUGCUGCUACCGUGUGGGUAUGACAACAUAUCAUCCCAACAGAAGGAGUAUUAAAUAUACUUGAUACAGUGGAGCCUCGUUCAUCCGGAAACUGCCUUCGGGGCGAUAGUGUUUGGAACGUCUUUGCAUACGCAAAGGGACACAACUCCAUAACCAUGAUUCGUUUAUCAGGAUAUAUGUUAACCCGGGCAUUUUGGCCGGGAACGGCACAGUCCGGAUUGAAGGGGUUUCACUGUUGUCUUAUGUAUCCUGCAGAUCAUUUGAGAUGAUAUAGCCGUACACUUGCCUCUGAAUAUCAGUCUGUGAGAGUCCCGUGUUUAAAACAACAAGAAAUAAAAUAUUUUGAGAUUUUAAGUUACAUGGACUAGUCAUUGAUUAAAUAUUACUCAAACAUGCCUGAAGUAUUUAAUUAAUUGGUUUACGGAAGAUCAUAGGGUCAGUUAUCGAAAUAUAUAUUAUAACUCAAUUUAAGAACAUUAUAUGAAGUAUUGUUGAUCACGAUAAAUAUAGAAACGUGAGUUAAAAAUAUUUGUGAAUGACAAAUAAGAUGGUUUCUUAUUCCUUUUGGCUUUCUUUUAAAAAUGUCUCCAAUGUUUUAUUUUAUUUUAUUAUUUUUAAAAUCUGGGUCGGUUUAUGGAUAAGCCAAGGAACAAAUACGCCAUGCGAGUAAUGUCAAUGUCAUUGUUUGUCUGACUUCGCUCCCCCGGGACAAUAGUUGACAUUGUUAUAGGUGCAAGGGGUUUGGUGGUAGUUUGGUUUGCUUCGUGCGAAAGUACUUUGAAUUGGUAUUUAGAGUCAUAUUCGUUAAAAUUCAUUAUGAUUAUUUUACUCAGAAUCGACAUUGUGUGAAUGGGAGUGAUAACCUUUUUUCUAUUGAUUGAUCUUAUACAUGUACAUAUUUCCUCGUGACUAGCUGAGACGAGAAGCACAUGCUUUUGUUGAUCAUGGUCAUAAUAUCAUGGCAGGAAGUGUAAUAUAUCUUAUGUUUUGUUGGUAUAUUUUAUUAUUGCCAUUAUUGUAUAUAUGUAAAGAAACAAACAAAGAAUUAUUUUGUCAAA